AUGGGGAAAGGAGGAGCCUUGAGCGAAGGUGUAUUGAGGAAAAUCAUACUCUCCUACACAUACGUCGCGAUUUGGAUCUUCUUAAGCUUCACUGUAAUCGUCUACAACAAAUACAUCUUGGAUCGAAAGAUGUACAAUUGGCCUUACCCGAUCUCACUAACCAUGAUUCACAUGGGGUUUUGUUCUUCAUUAGCUUACGUUCUCGUCAAUGUCCUCAAAGUCGUCGAACCAGUUCAAAUGAGUCGCGAUGUUUAUCUGAAAUCCGUCGUCCCAAUCGGUUUGCUUUACUCUCUUAGCUUAUGGCUCUCCAAUUCCGCUUACAUUUAUCUCUCUGUGUCCUUUAUUCAAAUGCUUAAAGCCCUAAUGCCUGUCGCCGUUUAUUCAAUCGGCGUUUUACUCAAAAAAGAAAGUUUCAAAGGCCAAACCAUGAGCAACAUGCUUUCGAUCUCAUUCGGUGUUGCGAUUGCUGCUUAUGGUGAAGCGCAAUUCAAUACAUGGGGUGUUACGUUACAACUAGGCGCUGUUUGUUUCGAAGCUACUCGAUUAGUUCUGAUCCAAAUCCUAUUAACCUCAAAAGGAAUCACAUUCAAUCCAAUCACUUCCCUCUACUACGUCGCCCCUUGUUGUUUAGCUUUCUUAUCAAUUCCAUGGAUGAUUGUCGAGUUCCCUAAACUAAGAGACACAUCAAGUUUCCAUUUUGAUUACUUAAUCUUCGGGACAAACUCCGUCUGUGCUUUUGCAUUGAAUCUUGCUGUGUUCUUACUUGUCGGCAAGACUUCAGCUUUAACCAUGAAUGUUGCUGGGGUUGUUAAAGAUUGGUUGUUGAUUGCAUUUUCAUGGUCUGUGAUUAAGGAUACUGUGACACCCAUCAAUCUUUUUGGUUACGUGAUUGCUUUCAUGGGUGUUGCUUAUUACAAUCACGCAAAGUUGCAGGCUCUUAAAGCUAAGGAAUCAGAGAAGAAGGCAUCACAGCCUGAUGAUGAAUCUGGGAAGUUAUUGGAGGACAGAGAAACCGAAAAAUCAACCAGGAAAAAUGAGUCUGAUAAUUGA